AUGAUCAGACAAGCUAAAAGAAUGACACAUAACUCGAAGCUUUUCAAUGCAGUCAAGACAUCGUCGUUCACAAACCACAUAGCUCCCGACAAUAGGAUCCCCACCAUUGAAGUUGCCUUGGAGAAUGAGAACAAGAUUACCAAUAAACCAAGAAAUUUAUUAAGUGGUGGGUUUUCAUGGGUAUUGCCUACUCCUAGAGGAGACUACGAAUUCUUGAUAGCAAACCCUAAAGCAAUUAAGGACUUGGGAUUGGAUCAGUCAGAAGUUGAAGAACCUAUUUUUCGGGAAAUCGUUAGUGGCGAAUAUUAUGAAGAUAGAAAGACAUUCUUGGAGAAUGGGUUCCCUAUGCCUUAUGCUCAGGCAUAUGCUGGGUGGCAGUUUGGACAGUUUGCAGGGCAAUUGGGAGAUGGAAGAGUUACCAACUUGUUUGAACUCGACAAGACAAAGAAGGACAAUGACAACAGGCACAAGUACGAGCUUCAACUUAAAGGUGCAGGACUUACUCCAUACUCAAGAUUUGCAGAUGGAAAAGCCGUUCUUAGGUCUUCAAUCAGAGAGUAUAUCAUAUCCGAGCAUUUAAAUGCUAUCGGAGUUCCCAGUACCAGGGCCUUGGCAUUGACUUAUUUGCCAUCGACAUUAGCACAACGUCAUGCAGCUGAAAGAUGUGCUAUUGUAGCAAGAUUUGCCGAGAGCUGGGUGAGAUUAGGAACAUUUGAUUUGUAUCGAUACAGAGGCGACCGUGAAGGGGUACGCAAGUUGUCGGAUUAUGUAAUGUCCGAGUUGUUCACUAUUGAUGGAAAUAAAUUUCAGAACUUCGAGCGCAUUAGUAAGUUGAGGCCGGACUUGACAAAUCUAAAGGGCGACUCUCUAACUGACUAUGACAAAAUGUACUAUGAAACCAUCAUUAGAAAUGCUGAAACUACUGCAAUUUCCCAAUGCUAUGGGUUUUUGAAUGGGGUCUUGAAUACUGAUAACACUUCGAUAAUCGGUCUUACCAUAGACUUUGGACCAUUUUCGAUAAUGGAUAAGUAUGAUCCGAACUAUACACCCAAUUCAGAGGACCAUGAGUCUAGGUACGGGUACAGGAACGUUCCAACGGCAAUAUGGUGGAACUUGACCCGUUUGGGAGAGGAUUUGGCUGAGUUGAUAGGAGCAGGACAAAAAUUGUUAGACAAUCCUGAGUUCAAAGAGGGUGUAAAAGAGGAAUGGGAAGAAAAUAUUAUAACUAGAGCUACUAAAGUUAUAGAGAUGGGUGGGGAAAUCUACCAAUUCGCAUACACAAAGAAAUAUGUUGAAACGUUUUUCAAGAGAUUGGGGUUGGCUCAAGAAUUGAUUGACGAAAAGAACCCCGAUGCCCAGAAUGUUCAAUUGCUAAUGCCGAUGUUAGAAGCAUUAGAAAAGUUGCAAACUGAUUUCAACUUGUUUUUUUUGAAAUUACAAGGCGUUGAUUUCAAUUCUUCCUAUAAAGACAUAGCUGAGCUGUUUUUGGAACGAUAUGAUCCUAAUACAAAUAGGAACCACAAGGAAGAUAUUACUAAGCAGUUCUUGGACUGGCUCAAGAUAUAUCACGGAUUAAAGAAAAAGUCUGCUGAAUACAAGAAUGCUCCAGAUGCUGCAAAAUAUAACCCCAAGUUUUUACCCAGGAAUUGGAUUCUUGAACAAGUAAUUGAGAAAGUGUCAGAAUCUAAUGGCAAGGAUAUAAGCUAUUUGAAAAAAUUGCAAGACAUGAGUUCUAAUCCAUUUGAUGAUCAGCUUUGGGGCGACGAUUUGAAAGAAGUUGAAGAGUCGUGGAUUUUGCAAGGUGAGAAAGGAGAUGAGUACUCGAUGUUACAAUGCAGUUGUUCAAGUUAG